AUGUCUCUGGCUGCCUUUUGGUUGGUGCUGCUGGGUUGUUUGGCCCAGUGUCAUGCAGCACCAACUGUUGCCCCGACGACUUCACCAGAGGACCAGGACCUGGCUGAGAGUUAUCUUUUUCAGUUCUACUCCGAUAUUGGAACAAGAAAUUCGACACUGCGAAGCCUCACCACCAACACCUCCUUCAGCGACAGUCUAGAAGCCAUGCAGGCUUUCUUUGGCCUGGAGGUGACUGGCACCUUGAAUAAUGAGACACUGGAGGUGAUGAAGGCACCCAGAUGUGGAGUAUCAGACAUCAGCGAAUAUGGACACUUCCCUGGGAGACCCAAAUGGGAGAAACGUCUGAUAACCUACAGGAUCACUCAGUACACUCCAGAUCUGUCACAACGUCAGGUAGAUGAGACUAUCGCUAAGGCCUUCGAGCUCUACAGUGAUGUGAUCCCACUGAACUUCAAACAAAUCUACAGCGGGACAGCAGACAUCAUGAUUCUCUUCAAGGGUGGAUAUCAUGGGGACUUUUACCCUUUUGAUGGAGCAGGUGGAGUUUUGGCUCAUGCUAACUCUCCUGGACGGGGACAAGGUGGAGAUACACACUUCGAUGAUGAUGAGAACUGGACUCUAACCCGAAGGGGCGUGAAUCUGCUGCUGGUCGCUGCCCAUGAGUUUGGCCACGCUCUUGGCCUUGAUCACUCCAGGGACCGUCGAGCACUGAUGUAUCCCACCUACCAAUAUGUCAACACAAAUGGAUACAGGCUGCCAGACGAUGACAGACGAGGGGUUCAAGCCCUUUAUGGUAGCCGAACACCACAACCAACACCAAAACCAAAACCUAAACCACGUCCUACUCCAGAACCUGGACCAGAGCCAGAGGAACCAACAGACCCAGAUCCUCAGCCGUUCCCUGGAAAUGAGCGUUGCAGUCGUGAUCUGGUGUUUGAUGCUGCUACCUCGAUCAGAGGAGACCUGUUCUUCUUCAAAAAUGGAUAUUAUUGGAGAAAGACUACAGCAGCCCAAGGAAUCCGGUUAACUAAAGUGAGCAGAAGAUGGUCUGGCAUAAACAGUGUUGAUGCUGCUUAUGAAGUUCCGAAUGAGAAUGUUUUUUACCUUUUUGAAGGUCGACAGUAUUGGGGCAUCAGAGCAUACUCAAAAAGAAUUAUUCCAGGAUAUCCGAAGUCCAUCACCAACCUCGGCCUUCCCUCUUCAGUCAGAAAAGUGGAUGCGGCCGUCUAUGUGUCAUCUACUGGGAAGACACUCAUUUUUGUAAAGAACCAAUACUGGAGUUAUGAUGAGGCAAGGAAUCAAAUGGACUAUGGUUACCCACGAUACAUCACUCAGGAUUUCAGUGGCAUUGGCUCCAAAGUAGAUGCCGCCUUUGAGAACUAUGGAUAUCUGUAUUUCUCAAAUGGCCCCAGACAGAGCGAGUACUACUUACCAUACAGGAGAGUGAUGCGUGUACUGCUGAACUACGGCUGGCUCAACUGCUACUGA